AUGACUCACAGAUUGUCCCAGUUUAAAUCAUUACGAUUACAAUAUUGUCCAUGGGGACGAGGAAAUGGAAAAUCAAAAAAACGCAAUGAUGAACAAGAAACUGAAUCGAAUUUGAUUAAUUCACCAUCAUCAUCAUUUUCUUCUGAAUUGCAAAAUUCUCCAUCUACUUCUUCCUCAUCUGAUGAUCAAAUUACUUCUGAUCUUGUUUUGGUCACUUCGUCAUCUUCUCUCAAAGCCUCUGUUUCUUUAAAUGAAAGCGUUCGAACAAAAUCUGUUCCAAAUGAUAUUAGUGCAUCGUGUAAUGAUCCUCCGGUUCAACCAGUAUUGAAAAAUUAUCCCAUAAAUCAUCAAAAACGUUCAUUUCAGUCAAUAUGCUCAAUCUUCGACACUCAAGUUAUGGGCCAACACUCGUUGGGAUUCAAAAUGGACAGCUAUCGACGCUAUUAUCAAGAAUAUCCUGCUAUUAUAAAAGCACUGGACGAUAUUAGUGAAGAAGACAGUGAUACACGAUCGACAAAUGCAGAUCCGUCGUUAGACUAUAUAUGUGGUGAACAUCUUAUAUUAUCGAUUAUUCAACAAAUAACAGACCUUCGUAAUGAACAAACAUUCAGUGAAAUUUAUGAUAAGGCAAACGAAUUUUGUAAUGUAAAUCAUGUCGAUUUAGUACAACAGUACCGAUCACGUCGAAAGACAGUAGUUCCAGCUAGAUUUCAAGAAUGCUUGAUCGAUUCAACACUUGGACAACGUGAAAUGUUAUCAACAUUAACAGAUUUCAUGAGUCGAAUUUAUUUUCCUCUGAUUGAUUGUAUGCUAACGGAAUUGAAUGACAGAUUUUCAUUAAAGACUUUAUCAUUGAUGAAAAAUAUUUCUACAGUUUAUCCAGAAAAUGAAAACUUUCUGAAUAUUGAUGCUACAGAUGACUUUAGUCGUCAUAUCGAUGGAGAUUCAAGUGAAUUAAAAAGUGAAUUAAAUAUCAUCAAAUCUAUGCAUAUGCCUCAACCUCUCAAUGAUAUUAUUCAAUUUUUGAAUGAAUUACUGCCAAUGUCAACUGCAUUUCCAUAA